GCACCUUAUUCACGCCUACACAUGAAAUUGUCGAGACUCAUAAAGACGAGUGCUAAAUUACAGUGGGUUUGUAUUGGAGCCCCUUGCGUGUCAACUGCCGAAAGUACGUCGGAAUCCAUAAUCCGAUUACCCCGCAUCACAACCCCCGGCCCACUGACGUCCAAAACCAUAACCCGAUCACCCCGCAUCACAACGCCCAGUCCGCCAAUCUAGGCACGCGCCACGGAAGUUUACCCCGUUGUCGCGACCCAUUUCCAAUAAGUGACAAUGGGUCAGUAAGGAUAUCUACUUGGCCGCGCCGUCAUCUCAGUAGCCUCUUCAGCCAGCAACUCUCUUACAUCUGAGUACAAGACAAGGUAAACGUGACAACAUACCCCUCCAUCUAUCAACUCCAAACUCGCGUCAACCUCGUCACCAGCCAAGUCGCUAUUGUGCAAUGGCAGACCAACAGAACCCUGCGACAGCCAAGGAUGGUCUCGAUCGAAACCCGGAUAAGUUCCUAUCGCGCUCGGUGUAUGACCUGAUUUCCCUAAAGGGCCGCACCAUUGUCAUCACUGGAGGCGGCCGUGGCCUUGGCCUGGCCUUUGGCUUCGCCGUGGCUGAGGUUGGGGGCAAUGUCGCCAUCAUCGACCUGCUUGACGAGCCACAUCAUCAUUUUCAGAAGUUAGAGACGGAAUUUGGUGUUAAGGUCAAGCUGUACAAGAGCGACGUGACUAAUCACGCUGGUCUUCAAGUCACCUUCGACGAGAUCGUAAAGGAUUUCGGGCGUAUCGACGGCCUAAUAACCGCCGCCGGCAUUUGCCCUGAUGAGCCCUUCAUGAAGCGCGCCCCCGAGUCCGUCGCACGGUGCAUGAACAUCAACGUGCUCGGCACUUACUACGCCGCGCAGCUGGCUGCCGCCCAGAUGGCCAAGCAGGAGCCCACCGACUUUAACCCGCGUGGAGGCUCGAUAGUCCUCAUUGCCUCCAUUGCUGCGCACGUUGCCAGCAAAGGACAGACGACGAGCGACUAUUGUGCGAGUAAGGGCGCCGUAUUGUCGCUAGCCAAAGCACUGGGUGUCGAGCUGGCGGCCUUCGGGAUCCGCGUAAACUCUAUCUCUCCUGGGUACAUGCUGACGGACAUGACGAUUGAUCUGUGUGAUCGUUACCCCUGGCUGGCGGACAUCAUGACAAACGAGCCGCCCAUGCGCCGGAUCGGCGAUCGAACGGACCUGAAGGUUCCGGUGGUCUACCUCCUGUCUGAUGCUAGUGCGUAUCAUACAUCGGAUGAUAUUCUCAUCACAGGAGGGAUCCAUGCUGGAAGAUUAUUGUAGGGGACAUGGCCGGCACACAGGCGAGUCUAACGAGUCUCGAAAGAGAUAUUUAUGAAAUAUAUAUAUAUAUAUAUUGAUUUGGGGGAAAUUUACAUGGCCUAAAUGGAGACUAUAGCUCUCUUGCUGUUGUAUGUAGUCUAGGGGCAACUAGGUGGUUGCUAUUAUCUAACUGUUAUUAUACGUAAUAUGCACUAUGCAAUUAAUGCC